AAACACCUCCGAACCCUAAAAACCUUCGUUCCCUCCGCCGCUCCCCCACCAAACCCUAACCCCCAAAUCACCCCUCCACAAUGACAACUCGCUUGAAGAAGAACCGCAAGAAGCGCGGCCACGUCAGCGCCGGCCACGGCCGCAUCGGCAAGCACCGCAAGCAUCCCGGCGGCCGCGGAAACGCCGGUGGCAUGCACCACCACCGCAUCCUCUUCGACAAGUACCAUCCCGGAUAUUUCGGAAAGGUCGGUAUGCGUUACUUCCACAAGCUCCGCAACAAGUUCUACUGUCCGAUAGUCAACGUCGACAAGCUCUGGUCAAUGGUCCCACAGGACGUCAAGGAGAAGAGCGAGGGGUGUGACAAGGCGCCGGUGCUCGAUGUGACGCAGCUAGGGUACUUUAAGGUGCUGGGGAAGGGUAGUUUGGGGAAACCGGUUGUUGUGAAGGCGAAGCUUGUGUCGAAGACUGCGGAGAAGAAGAUUAAAGAGGCGGGAGGCGCGGUUUUGUUGACGGCUUAGGUUCGGGUUUAGUUUUUUUGCUGAUUUUGAUAUGGAUGUGAUUUGUAAUGACUUAUGAAUCCUUUUUUGGUAUUGAUAGAAUUUAGAAAUAUCUACUUGAUUGCGUGUUUUUUUGGUUA